GAAAGGACUGUAAGACAUUUGCUGCUGAUCUCUGCCCUCUGCCUGGCUGGCUGUGAAGGCAACAAGAGUGAGCUGGCAAGCCCACACGGUGCGAGGCGAGGGGUUGCCCUCCGUCUCAAGAGGAGCCCGGAUGCCUGCCUGCCAAACCCAUGCCAGCAUCAGGGGGGCUGCCAGGUGGUGGAGGACAGACCAGUUUGCAGCUGCAAACCGGGCUUCACAGGGGCGUUCUGCCAAGAUGUGGUACUGAAGUUGGCCUGCGAAGAAGAGCACAUGAAGAUGAUGGUGAGGAAGGAGGUGUUUGAACUCUUGAAAAUCCCGCUGGAGCUUGUCCACUUGAAGAACCAGGCAUGCAAGGUCUCAGAAACGGAAGAAGAGGGUGAGCUGUUUUUUGCAGCCAUUCUCACAGGUCAAAACCACACUGCCUGUGGAUCCAUAAUUCAGCAAAACAGCUCCCAUGUGUCAUACUCCAACGUCAUUGAGUCAGAGCGGGAAGCACGCAGGGGCGUGAUCUCACGGAGUUUUCAGCUGGAGGUGCAUUUCUCCUGCAUCUACGCCUACAAGCAGGUGGUCAAACUGCCCUUCGCUCUCACUGCUGUUGACAAGCUGGUGCAGUUCGUGGUCAGAGAAGGACACUUCAACGUCAGCAUGAGACUGUACAAGACCCCCUCCUACCUCCAUCCCUAUCACCUGCCAACCGCAUCCAUCCCCGUCACGGACACGCUCUAUGUCCUCCUGAAGAUAGAAGGACAGCACCACUUUCUGCUGAGUGUUGAGGACUGCUGGGCCACACCAAGCGCGGAUCCCUACCAGGACGUGCGGCACAAGCUCAUCGAGAAUGGAUGUCCCCACGACGAGACAGUGACGUACCUGAACGCCAUUGGCAAGAGCACUACUGCCAAGUUCAGCUUCCAGAUGUUUCAGUUUCUUGGUUACCCUGAGGUGUUCCUGCACUGCCGUGUCCGCCUCUGUCUCCCUGACAGCCCGGAGCCCUGUGCCAAGCAAUGCCCCGGGCACUGGAGGAGCAAGCGGGCGCUGGUGGAUGACUACAAUAAGAUUGUCUCCUACGGGCCCAUCCAUCUGCUGGCUGCUCCUUCCGUGGGAGCAGAGACCCACCAUUCCAGUACUGACCAACAGGACCUGGGGGGACCCAACCCGUGGCUCCCCGGGGCCCUCAUCCUGCUGUGCGCGCUUGGCGUGCUCACUGUGGCUGCUGCGGCCGUCAGCGCGAGGCAGCGAACAGUGUAGAAAAUGGCUGUUUCCAAAUAAAUGUGGCAGUAGCAGA